GGCACACAAAUCCCCUGUAAUGAGUCUUACGGUGAAGUUGAAAAAAUCCCCCAAAUGGAUCAAAUUUAUUCUCGGCUUUGUCUUGAUUGCCAUUAUUAUUACCGCUAUCGUAGUGCCUAUCGUGCUACCCGUACCGGAUAAUUCGACUACGGGCACCGGGACAACAUCUACAUCACUCACCACACCAACUACGACGACGGUAACUAACCCCACGUCGGCCGCAACAACAGUCCCACCAUCCGUCAACAAUAAUCGAUUAGAAUGUUAUCCGUUCAAAAACAUGGUCGAAGAGAACUGCACUGCCAGCGGAUGUCUAUGGGACUCUGCUAAUGGAUACCCUAAUUGUUACCUUCCCGAUUCUAGCGUCUACGGUUACGAGAUUGACGGAGAGUUAAUGAAUCUCCCUGAUGAGGCGGGAUUCAAGAUCGAUAUCCGCCGACGCCGAAAUGAAGAUGAGUCUAUCAUAUUCUCACUUUACGGAGGCGAUUUCGAUCAAGUCACGUUUGAAGUCAAUUAUUACAGUGAUAGCACGUUAGGAUUUGCCUUUUAUCCGAAAAACGAGGACCGGUUUGGAUUACGACCCCCCGUAUCGGUGACACCACCCACAACAAGUGUCACUGAAAACAUCCUGUACGAAGUCCAAUUAAUUUCUAAUGAGAAGGGCCAGCCUUUCAAUUUCCAAAUCAUUCGUAAAAAAUCCGGAGCUGUUAUUUUCGAUACAUCAAUGGGCGGCCUAACGAUCGCUGAACAGUUUCUUAUGAUAAGCACAAAGUUGCCUACCCAUUAUCUUUACGGAUUUGGUGAAAAUACUCACGACACCUUACUGCACGACAUGAAUUACAGAAUAUGGCCCAUUUUUUCUAGAGGCCAAGCUCCAGGCAUGGCAAAUUUGAACGUCUACGGAGCUCAGCCUUUUUACAUGGCUAGUGAAGAAGACGGCUUGUCUCACGGAGUUUUCUUACUCAACAGUCACGCCAUGGAUAUCACAACCAUGCCCAACCCGGGUAUCACGUUCCGAGCCAUCGGUGGCAUGUUGGAGUUCUUCGUUUUCCUCGGACCCGAGCCAGAAUCCGUUGUGAAACAGUACAGCGAUGUCAUCGGACGUACUUUCAUGCCUCCUUACUUUGCACUCGGCUUCCAGCUCAGCCGUUGGGGAUACAAGAACACGAGCGAAAUACGUGAUGCUAUCGACCGCACUCGAGCCGUUGAAAUCCCUCACGACGUUCAAUAUGCGGAUAUUGAUUACAUGGAUGGACGGAGAGAUUUCACCAUCGAUCCGGUUAAUUUUGCGGAUUUGCCUGCGUUGGUGGACGAAGUGAAAAAAGACGGCCUAAGGUUUGGAAUUAUCUUAGAUCCCGCUAUCGCACACGAGUCGUUUCGUUAUCCACCGUUCACUCGAGGUGACAAUGACAAGGUAUUCGUGCAAUGGGCAAAUUCAACGUACAAACCGGAUGACCAGGCUGCCAAUGACAACAACCUGUACGGUCGCGUAUGGCCGAGAAGACAAACUGCCUUCCCAGAUUUUUUGAAAAACGCAACAAAACGAUGGUGGACAGAGGAAAUUCGUCUUUUCCGCGAAGAACAAAAACUGAAUUUCGAUAUUCUUUGGAUCGAUAUGAAUGAACCUUCAAACUUUCUGACUGGAACUUUACUGAAAUGUCCGCCUAAUCGUUGGGAUGACCCACCCUAUGAAACAAUGGCUGCUAAUGUUGGCGCGACUGGAAGGCUCUCGGAAAAGACCAUUUGCAUGGCGUCACUCUUUGGUGAGGAAGAUGAAUUCCUCCAUUAUGAAGUUCAUAGUCUCUACGGCCAUUCCCAUGCCAUGGCAACCCAAAGUGCUGUACGUCAAGUUUUAACUAGAAAACGAUCCAUGGUUUUAUCGCGUUCCACUUUUGCUGGAAGCGGCAAAUACGCGGGCCAUUGGCUGGGCGACAAUUACUCGACAUGGAAACAAAUGGCUAACUCUAUCAUCGGCAUGUUGGAAUUUAACAUGUUCAAUAUUCCUUAUGUCGGGGCCGACAUUUGCGGAUUCAUCUUAAACGCCGACGAGGAAUUGUGCGAGCGCUGGAUGGAACUAGGUGCUUUUUACACUUUCUCCCGCAAUCACAACGCCAUCGUUUUCAGACCACAAGAUCCCGGCCAAUGGCCUGACACGGUUGCCGUUUCUAGUCGCAAAGCUCUUAACAUUCGCUACCGCCUCCUGCCUUACCUUUACACGCUCUUCUACGACAGUCAUACUGUUGGAGGCACUGUCGCCCGACCUCUUUAUCACGAAUACCCUAAGGAUAUCUACGCCCGUUCAAUCGACAAGCAAUUCAUGUGGGGACCGGCAUUAUUGAUUUCACCUGUACUACGACAAGGAGAAACUUCAGUUGAUGUUUACCUUCCCGAUGAUGUUUGGUACGAUUAUUACACGGGAAUUCGAAUAACAGUUUCAGGUAGCACAACAUUCUCUGCUCCUCGCGAUUACAUAAAUUUACACCUGCGCGGUGGCUAUAUUCUUCCCGCUCAAAAACCUGCCCUCAACACUAUGAUCAGCCGGGAAAAUAAUUUUGAACUGUUGGUGGCACUCAAUGAAAACAAUUACGCCAUCGGUAAAUUGUUUUGGGACGAUGGGGAGAGCGUCAACACGAUUGAAGAUGGUCGUUAUCAGAUCAAUACGUUCGAAUUGAACAGGGAAACGUUGAAUAUUAAAGUAGAAAAUGGAUCGGCUGAUGCUUGGAAUGGGAUCCCCCAGCUUUUGGAUACGGUUCAAUUCAUGGGAUGGUCGAGCGAACCGACAAAGAUUUCCGUAAAUGGGGUAGAUGUCGAAACGACCAGUUACGAGUACAACGAGACAAGCAAAAAUUUAUUUUUGUUUUACAAUUUUUCUAUGAAUGAAGACUAUGUUGUGGUAUUCGAUUAAUGGCCCGAAU